AAUGGAUAUACCACAGAAGACUGGCGAAGACUGCAAAGCACGAUUUGAUGAUGAGACGCUCUUACAGUUAAUGACCACCAGAUGGAGAAUCGAAAAUGAAUUUCAACGUAAUUACGUCUAUAACCUGCCAGAAUUUUAUUCCUUAAUCGAACAGUUGGAGAGAAGCACUAAUAACCUAUCAAUGACUACGUUUCGACGUCUCGUUAAGCAUUUAAAUGCCUCUUACAGGUUACGCUUUAAAUUGGAGAAAGAUUUAAUGCAAUGGGAUCCCUUUAGAGCUGAUGUAGCCUUAGCCUUCUUAGCAUCUGAAUCAAGGAGGUUGAGUACAAUGGCUCAUUAUCUGGUAACUAGAGUAAAUGGAUAUACAGAGAACUUAUACGAAGAAACAUACAAUAAUGAAGAACUUGAAAAGGACUCUCCUAGAUCCCUAUAA